AGUUUCUAGAAAUUCUUAAAACUUCGUAGUUUCGCGGGUUUUAGUGAGAGAGAUAAUAGAAGAAAGAAAUUAUUUAUUAUGUAUUAAUUUAAUACAAGUCGUUUCCGGGGAACAAAACGAAAAACAAGUCAUAAUUGAAAGUAAAUUUCGACUCUUUUAUCAUUCUUGUCACUUUUCAACUUCAAAGUAACAUCUCUUAUCCCCUUCUUCUUCUCUCUCUCUCACAUUUAUAGAGAGAGAUUUUUUCUGAUUAAUCUUUGAAUUCAAACCACUUCUUCUUCUUCUCUCAUAUACCGGGAAGGAAAAGCUUUACUAUUAUAUUUUAGUAAUUAAUAUAAAUUAAAUUUUAUAUUUAAUUUAUAUUUAAUAUUUCUAUAAUUUAGUAUUUGCGUUUGCAAUACUUAUUUUCAUUUCUCCUUCUUUACAUCAGCAUCACGAUUUCCACCACCUUCUUCUCAAAACAGCAAAGAAGAAUUUUAUCUAUUUUAUUUAUUGAUUAAUUGAACAUUGUAAUUCAAUAUUGUACAAACAGUUUUUUGUAAAGUUUAUCAUUAAACUAAUAAUAAUUGUUGCUGCUGGUAGAGUAGAAUUGGGUGUUAUUUUGUGAAGCUGUUAGUAGAGCCUAAUUAGCACCACAAAGGGGUCUAAAAUAACUAGUAUUCGCCUGGUUUUUGAGUAUAAACUGAAACUCUCUACUUUGUAAGACAGGAGGAGUUUUACAAAAGCCUAGACUAGAAAGGAUGCAUAUGACAGAUUUGUCUCAUUGCUGUGUGGUUUUAGCGUCUAGCAUGUCAUGAGAGCACACAAGGUUCGAUUCCUUGUCAUGACAUAUGUAUUUUUUCGAUGAUGUUCUAGGGUCAUAGUUUUCUAAUUAAGAACUAGGUCAUAUUAUAGAGGAUUUUGUAUACUUUCCAACCAUAUGUUUAAGAAGUUGAGAUUACCUUUCCUUGAUUAAUUAGAAUGCGAUAAAUCUGUAGCGUCUGUGAAGCCGAAACUUCCACCAGCGCCUUCAGUAGCCUCUGUUUCAUCUCGAUGUCGAUCAAUUAGGUCCACUACUUCGAAAGCUGCUGGUCGCAUUUCUCUUGUUUCAAAUGACAUGCUGGAGUCUAUGAAUAAACUAAUGAUUGCAGCCAUGUCCACGAUAAAAGAUUCACAGAAAGAGACCAUGUCUAUGAUGAGAGAUGCACAGAAAAUACAGGCUGAUGCAUUGCUUCGCUCUUUUAAUCAGCAACAAAAUGCAUCUCAAAUACAGUUAACACCGGUUCAAACAUUGACACCAGUUUUAGCGGAUGUACCUGUUACUGCUGUUGCAGCUGCUGCUAAUCUACGUACAUCAGUUGUCUCUUUGCCUGUAAAUCUUUUUAAUUCUUCAAAUUCUGAUAUUUCUCAGCAUGCAAGAUCACUACCACUAGAUGGUGAGGAUAAAGGAGAAAAAUCGAAGCUAUUACAUGAAUGUGCUUCAUGUUAUCGAUCUAAAAUUUAUCCACUUUCUAUUGCUAAAAGUGAUUCUAGUAUAUAA